CAGUGUGACAUUUCCCAUCAGAUCGCUGCGCUGAGGUUCAGUCAGGAGAAGGAGGACCACACCGGGACCGGACUUGUCUCUGCCACUGAUAAAGUUCUUUUAUUUUGAUAGUUACACGCUGUUUCAUCACACGGGAAGAUGCCAGCAGGAACUUUGGAGAGGACAUCUCCAUCCGCUGUGGCUGCAACUCCAGCAAGUGGACACUCCACACCCGAGAAACCCCGAGCACUGACGGAGAACAGGAAGUCCUCCAAACCCAUCAUGGAAAAGAGAAGACGUGCGCGCAUCAACGAGAGUCUGGGGCAGCUGAAGACCCUCAUCCUGGACGCACUCAAGAAAGACAGUUCCAGACACUCCAAACUGGAGAAGGCAGACAUACUGGAGAUGACUGUGAAGCACCUCAGGAACAUGCAGAGACUUCAGAUGACUGCUGCUGUGAACACAGACCCAUCUGUCCUGGGAAAAUACAGAGCUGGGUUCAGUGAGUGUGUUGGCGAGGUCACCCACUUCCUGUCCACGUGUGAGGGGGUGAACACAGAGGUGAGGACUCGCCUCCUCAGCCACCUGGCGGCCUGCGUGACCCAGAUCAGUGCUGUCAACUUCUAUGGAGCUCACCCGGGCGCGCUCGGACAAACCAAUACACAGAUUCCAGCUGCCUCAGUCGCACAGAUGCCUUGUAAAAUUGGCUCGACGUUGCACGUUUCCCCAGAAGCGAUGAAGCUCUACGGUGGCUUCCAGGUUGUGCCUGCACCAGAUGGACAUUUAACUUUUCUCGUGCCCAGUGCGGCUCUCAUACCUCUUGGUGCACAAAACAGCCACCCCGUGUCACCUGUUGCACCUCCGGUCACCUCAGACUCUGUGUGGAGACCAUGGUAGAAAAUCUACCCACAACAGAUUGUGGGGGGAAAAAGGACUAUCACUGAAAAAACAUAUUUUUGUACAUUUUGUAAAUGAUUUUUUAAAACCAACCUGAGAGGGAUGUUUACACAUAUUUGUGUUUUUAUAAGGACAGUAGGAGAUAUUCUGGGCCUUAUUGCUUGCUGUGAUUUUCUGGUUUUGAUAUGGCACAACCCAUUUUGCUCAGGAGGUCAAGGAAACUCUUGAAAAGCUCUUGAAAAGCACUGUAUUUUUAAGUUGAAUAAAAUGUUUUUAUGAUGUUUACACAA